UAUUUGUUCCGAGUUUGGUAGUGGUCUUGGUUGGACAAUGUAUCCUCCACUAAGUACUAGCUUGAUGGUGUUAAAUCCAGAGGCAACUGAUUGGAUUAUCGGAGGUCUUGCAGUACUAGGAAUUAGUAGUAUUUUAAGUUCUAUUAACUUCCUUGGUACUUGCGUCUUCAUGG